CGACGCUCGUUGCCUCGAUGCCAAGCAAGCCUCGAGUCGAGACUGAGCCAACUCAAAGCCCACACCGAAAUAUCCGCGCAGCGUGGACUUCUCUUCACCUCCUCCGCCUCGCCGCUGCCGCCGUCUUCUCCCCGCUCCUUCUAUCCUCCCCUUCUCCGCCCACACGGUCUAUACCGCCAUCGAAUGCGAAGCCCUCGCUUGGUGACCCUGCCGGGUUAGGCGAGAGCCGGCCGAACCCCGCGCCGCGCCCGGAUCUCGCAUAUCCCGCCGAGCAAUCUAGCUGCGGCGCACUACCCCGCCGGAGGGUAAGGCUUCUGGGGCUCGGGGUGGACAUGGCAGCGGAGGCGUCCACUUCUGAGGCGGCGAGUGCGGGGCGCGGGAGUUGGGUGGAGGGGAUGUCCGCGGACAACAUCAAGGGGCUGGUGCUCGCGCUCUCCUCCAGCUUCUUCAUCGGCGCCAGCUUCAUCGUCAAGAAGAAGGGGCUCAAGAAGGCCGCCGCGUCCGGCGUCCGCGCAGGUGUCGGUGGUUACUCUUACUUGUAUGAACCAUUGUGGUGGGCAGGGAUGAUCACAAUGAUUGUUGGAGAAGUGGCUAACUUUGCAGCAUAUGCUUUUGCUCCUGCUAUCCUAGUCACACCACUUGGUGCACUUAGCAUCAUCAUUAGUGCUGCUCUUGCAGACAUUAUGUUGAAGGAGAAGCUACAUAUAUUUGGUAUACUUGGGUGUGUACUUUGUGUUGUGGGUUCAACAACUAUUGUACUUCAUGCCCCUCAGGAGCGUGCAAUUGAAUCUGUAGCAGAAGUGUGGGAUCUUGCUACUGAACCAGCCUUUCUAUUUUAUGCCGCCAUCAUUCUCACUGCGACUUUUGUGCUCAUAUACUACUUUAUUCCACAAUAUGGUCAGACACACAUCAUGGUGUAUAUUGGUGUUUGUUCACUUGUAGGAUCUUUGUCGGUCAUGAGUGUGAAAGCUCUCGGAAUAGCCUUGAAACUGACCUUUUCCGGAAUGAACCAGUUAAUCUAUCCGCAAACAUGGAUGUUCACUAUUGUUGUUGUUGCAUGUAUAGUAACACAGAUGAACUAUCUGAACAAGGCUCUUGACACUUUCAACACAGCAGUUGUUUCACCGAUAUAUUAUACAAUGUUUACAUCGCUAACCAUUUUGGCUAGUGUGAUAAUGUUCAAGGAAUCGGUGCAAGGGAGAUACCUGAACACUCUGGUGAGACAGUUAAAAAAUUAGGAAUUGAACUAUGAAGUACUUCAUCGAUUCUUAUUAAUUGCUCAUGUCCUCCAAUAGUUGGUCCAUAUGAUGUUGGUCAAUCAAAUGUUGGACCACUGUUGCAGACUGGAUCCUGGAACCUAAUGUCAUUCCAUUAAUUUUAUCAGCGAUAUUGCAGACCAUGCGAAACAAUUUGCGGCUUGUUGCAGCACGCACUGCUAAAAAUUGUGACUUGAUUAUUUGCUGGGAGGAGCUCCUGUGCUCUACCCAAAAGACGAAUGCUCUAGUUUUGAAGCAUGGUGGCAAUUGAGGGCCUAGUUUCUGAUCAUCUAUAUGCUUAAGAUCAGUGUGAUUUUCAUCUAGAAGAGUACAUAAAUGCUGCUUCUAUUCACUCCAUACCAAACAUAUCCAAUGCUUUUAAUGGGAUAAAUCUGAUUUCCGAAACCAUGGGAAUUGAACUGAAAGCACCUAACAUGAUCCAAGUUAUUAGUUAAGUCUUUAUGCCACCCUAAUUCCGUGCCUAUGUAUAUUGCACGCAAUGAAUAUCACACAGUAACCUCCAGGCGCACGAUUUGCUAUAUCCAUCAUCACAUGUGUCUAUUUUGGUGCCUAUUUUGCCAUAUCUUUAUGUAACUAGCUCUUCGACUUACUGCUAUUUUUAUCAAUUCUUUUGGGACCUUACAUGCUAUUUACUCUUUAAAUUAACUUUUUAUGCAUUACUUUAUUACAUGGCAUCAGAGUAAUGCUUUCUUCUAUUACACUCCAAUCCCUCCCUCUCUCCUUUGUC